AUGGACUGGUCUGUGAAGUUAGAUGAUACACUGUGGGCAUACCGCACUAUAUAUAAAACUCCAAUUGGAACAACACCCUUUCUACUGGUUUAUGGGAAAUCAUGCCACCUCCCUGUUGAACUUAAACACAAAGCAUACUGGGCAAUUCAGACCCUGAAUUUUGACCUCAAAGCUGCUGGUGAAAAAAGACUCCUACAGCUCAAUGAGUUGGACGAAAUCAAGCAGGAUGCAUAUGAGAAUGCCAUGAUCUUCAAGGAUAAGACCAAAAGAUGGCAUGACAGAUGCAUAGCAAGAAAAAAAAUAAAAGAAAGAGGCCUUGUCCUGCUCUUCAAUUCAAGGUUAAAGCUUUUUCUAGGGAAGCUGAAGUCAAGAUGGUCCGAGCCUUUUAAGGUUAUGCAAGUCUUCCCGCAUGGAGCUGUAGAGAUUUGGAGUGAAACUUUAGGUGCAUUCAAAGUGAACGGGCAAAGGCUGAAGCCAUACUUUCAGGGAGAACCCAUAGAGAAGGGAGCUAACUGCGUUUUCGGCAACCCUCCAGACAGACAGUGA